AUGGCGUCCAGGUCCGCGGUGCUGCCCUUUGCGUUCGCGCGCAGAGAGGCAUGCUCGUCUUCCCCCGCAUGGAGGGCCGCCAGGAUACCGGGUAGGAUACCAAGCACCACGGCGGCUAGGUUGCAGUACUCGACUCGUGCGGCGGCCUCGAAGAGGAGGGCGGUGCAGAGAGGCAUCGCCGGACAGACGGGGCUGGCCGGCCAGAGCAGAGCGUUCUCGCACGUAUCGGCCAGGAGGCAGGCGGAGGAGGACGAGCCCAGGUUCAAGCCGGAGGAUAUCCAGCGAGAGUCCGACGAGGUGGACGUCUGCAUCGUUGGCGGAGGUCCCGCCGGUCUAUGCGCUGCCAUCCAGUUGAAGAAGUUGGCCAACGAUGCUGGAAACGAAGACUUCCGCGUCCUGCUGCUCGAGAAAGCAGGUGAGAUCGGAGACCACAUCGUGUCUGGAAACGUACUACAGCCCACGGCCAUCAAUGAGCUGCUGCCGGACUGGCUGUCGGAGGAUAACCCGAACCGCUUCGAGCACACCACGCCCGUGACGUCGGACAAGAUGCGUUUUCUGACCGAGAAAUACGCCAUCCCCAUCCCCGCGCCUCCACAGAUGAACAACCAUGGGAACUACAUCAUCUCGCUCAGCCAGCUGUGUAAAUGGCUCGGGGAGCGGGCAGAGGAGCUAGGCGUAGAGGUAUACCCCGGUUUCGCUGCGAGUGAAGUACUCUACAACACCGACGGAUCCGUCAAGGGCGUUGCAACCAACGACGUGGGCAUCGGGCGGAACGGUAAGCCGAAGGAGUCGUUUGAGCGGGGGAUGGAGUUCCAUGCUCGCGUCACUCUGCUCGGGGAGGGAUGCCACGGCUCCCUGACCAAGCGGGUGAUGAAGAAGUUCGACCUACGCCGUGACUGCCAGCCGCAGACGUACGGUAUCGGCAUCAAAGAAGUAUGGGAGAUCCAACCUGAGAAGUUCCGCAAGGGCGAGACGGUGCAUUCGAUGGGCUACCCCUUGCCAAUGGACACAUACGGCGGCGCCUUCAUGUACCAUUUUGGCGAAAACAUGGUCUCUAUCGGCUUAACCGUGGGACUCGACUAUCCUAACCCCUGGCUAUCACCUUACAACGAGUUCCAGAAGCUAAAACAGCACCCUCUCUUCCGCAACGUUCUAGAGGGAGGUAACUGUCUCGCCUAUGCUGGCCGCGCACUCAUCGAGGGUGGCUUCCAGUCUAUCCCCAAAUGCGCCUUUCCCGGCGGUGCCCUCAUCGGCGACAGCGCAGGGUUCAUGAACGUGCCCAAGAUCAAGGGAACACAUACAUCCAUGUUAUCCGGCAUGCUCGCCGCAAAGGCAACUUACUCUGCUCUCUCGGGCGGUUCGUCCGACGGCACCAUCUUCCUAUACGAGUACGAAGACGCUCUACGCUCUUCAACCAUCUGGUCUGAACUCAAGGAAGUCCGUAACAUGCGCCCAUCAUUCAACACACCGCUGGGAAUCUACGGCGGUAUCAUGUACAGUGGGUUGGAAGCUUAUAUCCUUCGCGGCCGCGUCCCAUGGACGCUCAAGCACCACGGCACAGACUCGGCAGCCACCAAGCCCGCCAGCGAGUGCAAGAAGAUCGAAUACCCCAAGCCCGACGGCGUCGUUAGCUUCGAUAUACUCACCAGCGUGAGCCGGACGGGGACGAACCACGAAGAGGACCAGCCCGUUCAUCUCCAGGUUGCCGACUGGGAGAAACACACGGCCGAGGCAUGGCCGAAGUGGCAGGGGGUGGAGAAUCGGUUCUGCCCUGCUGGCGUGUACGAGUAUAUUGAGGACAAGGAGAAGCCGCAUGGCGUGCGGUUCCAGAUCAAUGCGCAGAACUGUAUCCACUGCAAGACGUGCGAUAUCAAGGUUCCUACGCAGGAUAUUAACUGGCAGACUCCCCAGGGAGGCGAGGGACCCAAUCGGUGGAGUUGGGGAAAGCCACGUGAAUGGCUGAACGCUCGAGCAAAUCUUCGCUCCCCUCGCUUCUCCUGCCACUUUCCUCCAUCCACCUCCAUCACCAUCUCCAUCACCACCACAACCACCUCCCUCGCCCUCGCCAUCACCAUCACCAGGAGUCUUCAGCCCGCAGUCCAAGGCCUCCCACCUCCUGAUCCUAUCUACGGGAACCCGCCUGACUCAAAGGGCAUCCUUUUCUGCCUGGGUUUUUUCCUUCCAGUCAAUAAACAGGACAUCGAAGAGCAUUUCGGCUCCCACGGUACCGGAAAGAUAACUGAGAUCAAGCUGAUGCAAGGCUUUGGCUUUAUCGAAUACGAGGAUGCUAUGGAUGCAAAAGAUGUCGUUCCUGGUGAGGACACCUCCGUGAUGGUACCGACUUCAAAGGUGAAAGGCUCACGGUACAAUUUGCGCGUGGGCCACGGCGUAGAGAGCCAUUCCCUGGGCCUCCCGAACGGUCUGCUGCUCCUCGUCCACGACGAACCAUAUACCGAUCUCAAGGAUUUCGCCCGCCAGUCAGGACUUGACGUCGUCUAUUCUGAAACCCGUGACCGUGACGGGAAAGGAUUCGUUGAAUUCGAGAAUGGCAACGACCUCCGGACCGCCGUUGAGAAAUUGGAUGGCACCGACUUCAAAGGUUCCCGAGUGACCUGCACUGCGGACAUCCAACCACCCAUGGAGGACCGUGUUCCCAGGGAUCCAUACCGCUCCCGUUCCCCUCCUCGUCGUGGCGGCCCUCCAUACCCGCCAGCCGAGGACUAUGAUAGACGCGGUCCACCCAGAGGCUACAGCCCCCGUGGCCACUACCGUGAGCGCUCCCCUCACGGGCGCCGUGACUACUAUGAGCGUGAUGGCUACGGCCGCCGCUCACCCCCUCGUGCGCGCGUAGAUGACUACCCACCACCUCGCCGACCAUACGAUGACCCGUAUGAGAUGCGCGGCGGCGGCGGUCCCCCUCGUCACUACGACGAUCCGUACAUGCCGCGUGGUGCUCCAUUCGGGGGGCGACCACGCAGUCCUCCCCGUGGAGAAUAUGGAGGCGGCUAUGACCGCCGGGGCGGAUACUGGUAG